AUGUCGUACUUCUUUGCGACUCCGGUCGAUAUCGACAUUGUUCUUGACAAUGCCGACGAACGGUCAAUGGUCGAUGUCAAGCUGGACAAGAACCGGCGCGAGAAAGCUCCAUUGUAUAUGGACGGCGAGUCGGUCAGGGGUGCCGUGACUGUGAGGCCAAAGGAUGGCAAGCGGUUAGAACACACGGGCAUCAAGGUGCAAUUCAUUGGCACAAUAGAGAUGUUCUUUGAUCGAGGCAACCAUUACGAGUUCCUCUCCCUCGUGCAAGAGCUGGCCGCGCCCGGCGAGCUGCAGCACCCGCAGACCUUCGAUUUCAACUUCAAGAACGUCGAGAAGCAGUACGAGUCGUACAACGGCAUCAACGUCAAGCUGCGCUACUUUGUGCGCGUCACCGUGUCGCGCCGCAUGGCCGACGUGAUCCGCGAGAAGGACAUCUGGGUCUACAGCUACCGGAUCCCACCCGAGAUGAACAGCAGCAUCAAGAUGGACGUCGGCAUCGAGGACUGUUUGCACAUUGAGUUUGAGUACAGCAAGAGCAAGUACCACCUCAAGGACGUUAUUGUUGGCCGCAUCUACUUCCUACUCGUGCGACUCAAGAUCAAGCAUAUGGAGCUUAGCAUCAUCCGUCGGGAGACGACGGGCGCCGCGCCGAACCAGUACAAUGAGAGCGAGACGCUGGUGCGGUUUGAGAUCAUGGACGGCUCACCAUCACGGGGAGAGACCAUUCCCAUCCGGUUGUUCCUGGGUGGCUUUGACUUGACCCCAACCUUCCGGGACGUCAACAAGAAGUUCUCGACAAGAUACUACCUCAGUUUAGUCUUGAUCGAUGAAGAUGCGAGGAGGUAUUUCAAACAGUCCGAGAUCAUUCUCUACCGGCAAGCGCCCGAAUUGGCCAAUUCCCAAGACCAAGGAGCGUUACCGGCGCCGCCACCGGAAAAUAAGCAAAUAAUGGCGGGUACCAGCGCGGCAUGA